GGAUGGAACAAUGGUUAGUGAAGUAAUGCAAUUAGGUGAUUGUAAUAGUAGAGCCAUCUAUCAAGCAUUAAUGAACCACAUUUUCCAGCCUUACUUGGGUGACUGGAUGGAUAUCUACCUAGAUGACUUAGUGAUUUAUUCAGACACAAUUGAGGAUCAUAUGCAACAUCUCAGAACUGUCAUUGAUAUAUUGCACAAGGAGAAAUUCUACCUUAGUGAACAUAAGAUACAAUUGUUCCAGAAAGAACUGAAGAUACUAGGACACAUUAUCAAUGAUCAAGGCAUUAGAAUGGACCCUCAUAAAGUCGAUUCUAUUCAACAAUGGAAAGUACCUACUAAUAAAGAUUUGUUACAAGGUUUCUUAGGAUCAGUAGGGUAUUUAGCACCCAAUAUACCUCAGUUACACAUUUCUACAGGUAUUUUAUCAAAGAUUGCAGGAGAAACUGUAUUUUUCAGAUGGACAUUCACUGAACAGCAAGUGUUUGAUCAAAUAGUAAAGCUAGUAUCAGAUUUCAGGCAUAAUCACAGGAUAGUAUUGGACUAUAGUAAGAAUGUGCCACCUAUUAACAUUGUUACAGAUGCUUUGGCUUCAGGAAUUGGAGGAAUAGUCAGCCAAGGUCAUGAUUAG